AUGUCUAUGUAUUUAUUACAUUACAUACACUUAUUCUAGGUUUGACUUUGUUCCAAACAAGAUUUUAGUUAACCUUUCUUUACUAUUUCCUAACCUAACCUUUCUCUACUAUUUCCUAUUAUGUUCUGUUCUUUUCAGCCAAUAAGUUUCUAUGAAACUUUUUAUUAUAUUCAACUUUGUUCAACUAACGAAGUAACAAAGGUUAGUUAGUUUAGAAAACAUAGUGUGUGUAUAAUGUGAAAAAUUAAGCUGAAUUAGUAGUUCAAUUUUAAUUAUUUUAUGCAAUAUAAAUUUUAAUUCCGAUUUCUAUAAAAUCAAUGCACAUCAAAAAAUUAAACAAUUAUUUUUUCGUAAAUUCUUUUGCAUUAGUUAAUAAUUAUACUUUAAUUAUAUUAAUUAUAUUUAUUAUAUUGAUUAUGUUUUUAUGUAUUUAGUUGUAUUUAGUAUAUUAUCAUAUGUAUUAAUUAUAUUUAAAUUAAUGUUAUUAUUUACAUGAAAAUUAACAUUUAAAAUGCGGUUAUUUUCUUUCUGUAGUUGGUGACAAUGAAGGAGAGGGAGAUAUUCUCGACGGGAAAAAACAGUUAAAGUACCGCAGGCCGUGACGCAGAAGGCCACGGUAGAAGCUGCAUCUGCUCGUUGCAAAAUGGCCACCUCCGACUCUAAAGCGCCUCUGCGAACUGUAAAAAGGGUCCAGUUUGGUAUUCUUUCACCAGAUGAGAUACGCCGAAUGUCCGUCACAGAUGGAGGCAUUCGCUUUCCAGAAACUAUGGAGGGUGGCCGUCCAAAACUUGGUGGACUUAUGGACCCAAGACAAGGUGUCAUUGAUAGAAAUUCUCGAUGUCAAACGUGCGCUGGUAACAUGACAGAAUGUCCAGGACACUUUGGUCACAUAGAUUUGGCAAAACCAAUUUUUCAUGUUGGUUUUAUAACAAAAACAAUAAAAAUUUUGAGAUGUGUGUGUUUUUAUUGUUCAAAACUUCUUGUCAGUCCACACAAUCCGAAAAUCAAAGAAAUUGUUAUGAAAACUAAAGGUCAACCACGAAAACGUCUCACGUUUGUUUACGAUUUGUGUAAAAGUAAAAAUAUUUGCGAGGGUGGAGAUGAGAUGGAUAUUAACAAAGAAAAUCAAGAACAACAACCAACAGACAGAAAACCAGGACAUGGUGGAUGUGGUAGAUAUCAGCCAAAUCUCCGGAGAUCUGGAUUAGACGUCACCGCAGAAUGGACGCAUGUAAACGAAGAUUCGCAAGAAAAGAAGAUGCCCCUCACGGCAGAGAGAGCGUGGGAAAUUUUAAAGCACAUUACAGAUGAAGAAUCAUUUAUUCUUGGUAUGGAUCCAAAAUUUGCACGACCUGAUUGGAUGGUAGUAACUGUUUUGCCUGUUCCACCUUUGUCUGUCAGACCGGCAGUUAUUAUGUAUGGUUCCGCCAAGAAUCAAGACGAUUUAACACACAAACUUGCUGAUAUUAUAAAAGCAAAUAACGAAUUAAUCAGGAACGAACAAGCUGGAGCAGCAGCACACGUCAUAUCGGAAAACAUAAAAAUGUUACAGUUUCACGUAGCAACGUUAGUUGAUAACGAUAUGCCUGGCAUGCCACGUGCUAUGCAAAAGUCGGGCAAACCAUUGAAAGCUAUAAAAGCGAGGUUGAAAGGAAAGGAAGGCAGAAUAAGAGGAAAUUUAAUGGGCAAACGUGUUGACUUCUCUGCUCGUACUGUUAUUACUCCUGAUCCUAAUUUACGGAUCGAUCAGGUUGGUGUACCUCGGAGUAUUGCACAAAAUUUAACAUUCCCGGAAAUUGUAACGCCUUUUAAUAUCGAUAAAAUGCAAGAACUUGUUAGACGAGGAAAUUCGCAAUACCCAGGCGCUAAGUAUAUCGUCAGAGAUAAUGGUGAAAGGAUUGAUUUAAGGUUCCAUCCAAAACCAUCUGAUUUACAUCUACAGUGUGGCUACAGAGUGGAACGUCAUAUCCGCGAUGGCGACCUAGUAAUUUUCAAUCGGCAACCAACGCUUCACAAAAUGAGUAUGAUGGGCCAUAGAGUGAAAGUAUUACCAUGGAGUACAUUUCGUAUGAAUCUUAGUUGUACGUCUCCUUAUAACGCCGAUUUCGACGGUGACGAAAUGAAUCUACACGUCCCACAGUCAAUGGAAACCCGAGCGGAAGUAGAAAAUAUUCACGUAACACCCCGUCAGAUCAUUACGCCACAAGCUAAUAAACCAGUCAUGGGUAUUGUACAAGAUACACUUACUGCUGUGAGAAAGAUGACGAAGAGGGACGUUUUCAUAGAAAAGGAACAAAUGAUGAACAUCCUUAUGUUCUUACCCAGUUGGGAUGGCAAAAUGCCUCAGCCAUGCAUAUUAAAACCAAAGCCUUUAUGGACUGGUAAACAAAUCUUUUCUUUAAUUAUACCAGGCAAUGUGAAUAUGAUAAGAACUCACAGUACACAUCCGGAUGAAGAAGAUGAUGGCCCAUACAAGUGGAUUUCACCUGGUGAUACGAAGGUCAUGGUAGAGCACGGAGAACUCGUUAUGGGUAUACUCUGUAAGAAGACUUUGGGUACGUCUGCUGGAUCUCUGCUUCACAUUUGUAUGUUAGAACUAGGACACGAAGUUUGUGGACGAUUUUACGGAAACAUUCAAACUGUAAUUAAUAAUUGGUUACUUCUGGAAGGUCACUCAAUUGGUAUUGGUGAUACCAUUGCCGAUCCACAGACUUAUUUAGAAAUCCAGAAAGCCAUUAGGAAAGCCAAAGAGGACGUGAUAGAGGUAAUUCAGAAAGCUCACAACAUGGAAUUGGAGCCAACUCCUGGUAACACUUUGAGGCAGACUUUCGAAAAUCAAGUAAACAGAAUUCUAAACGACGCUCGUGAUAAGACUGGUGGCUCUGCUAAGAAAUCUUUGACCGAAUAUAACAAUCUAAAGGCCAUGGUAGUAUCAGGAUCAAAAGGAUCGAACAUCAAUAUCUCUCAGGUUAUUGCUUGCGUCGGUCAGCAGAACGUAGAAGGUAAACGUAUUCCGUUCGGUUUUCGCAAAAGAACGUUGCCACAUUUCAUCAAGGACGAUUACGGUCCUGAAUCUAGAGGAUUCGUUGAGAACUCGUAUCUUGCUGGUUUAACGCCAUCCGAGUUUUAUUUUCACGCCAUGGGAGGUCGUGAGGGUCUUAUCGAUACUGCUGUAAAAACUGCAGAAACUGGAUAUAUCCAACGUCGUUUGAUAAAGGCUAUGGAGUCUGUAAUGGUGCAUUACGACGGAACAGUUAGAAACUCUGUGGGACAGCUUAUCCAAUUGCGUUAUGGCGAAGACGGUCUAUGCGGUGAAACCGUCGAAUUUCAAAAUUUGCCUACCAUUAAAUUAAGUAACAAAGCAUUUGAGAAGAAGUUCAAAUUUGAUCCAACGAACGAACGAUAUCUUCGUCGUAUCUUUAACGAAGAUAUCGUUCGAGAAAUGAUGGGAUCUGGCGAAGUCAUAUCCGAAUUAGAAAGAGAAUGGGAACAAUUGAAUAAAGAUCGUGCUGUACUGAGAGAGAUUUUCCCUAGUGGAGAAUCGAAAGUUGUACUGCCUUGUAACUUGCAAAGAAUGAUUUGGAAUGUACAAAAGAUUUUCCAUAUAAAUAAACGUGCACCUACUGAUCUUAGCCCUAUGAGGGUCAUACAAGGUGUAAAGGAUCUUUUAGAUAAAUGUAUCAUCGUAGCCGGCGAUGAUAGACUUAGCAAACAGGCUAAUGAGAAUGCCACAUUAUUAUUCCAGUGUUUAGUGAGAUCCACAUUGUGUACAAAAUGUGUUUCUGAGGAAUUUCGAUUAUCUAGUGAAGCCUUUGAAUGGCUUAUUGGAGAAAUUGAAACUAGAUUCCAACAAGCACAGGUAUCACCGGGAGAAAUGGUAGGUGCUUUAGCUGCACAAUCGCUUGGUGAACCUGCAACUCAAAUGACACUGAAUACUUUCCAUUUUGCUGGUGUAUCGUCAAAGAACGUAACCCUUGGUGUACCGAGAUUGAAGGAAAUUAUUAACAUUAGUAAGAAACCGAAGGCUCCGUCCUUGACUGUAUUUUUGACGGGAGCUGCAGCAAGAGAUGCCGAGAAAGCAAAGAAUGUGCUAUGUCGGUUGGAACAUACCACACUGAGAAAAGUUACAGCAAACACUGCGAUUUACUAUGAUCCAGAUCCACAAAAUACUGUAAUAGCAGAAGAUCAAGAAUUCGUCAAUGUAUAUUAUGAAAUGCCUGAUUUUGAUCCAACUAAAAUAUCACCAUGGUUACUUCGAAUUGAACUAGAUCGCAAGAGGAUGACUGAUAAAAAAUUAACCAUGGAACAAAUUGCGGAAAAAAUUAAUGCUGGUUUUGGUGACGAUUUGAACUGUAUUUUUAAUGAUGAUAACGCCGAGAAAUUAGUUUUACGAAUUAGGAUAAUGAAUAGCGACGAUAACAAGUUCCAAGAUAGCGAGGAAGAAACUGUAGAUAAAAUGGAAGAUGAUAUGUUUCUUCGAUGCAUCGAAGCGAAUAUGCUCAGUGAUAUGACAUUACAGGGUAUUGAAGCGAUAGGAAAAGUGUAUAUGCAUUUGCCUCAAACCGAUGCUAAGAAACGUAUAGUAAUCACGGAAACUGGUGAAUUUAAAGCAAUAGCAGAAUGGUUAUUGGAAACGGAUGGUACGAGUUUGAUGAAAGUGUUGAGCGAAAGAGAUGUCGAUCCGGUUAGAACAUUUAGCAACGAUAUUUGCGAGAUAUUCGAAGUUUUGGGUAUAGAGGCUGUGAGAAAAUCGGUAGAGAAAGAAAUGAACGCUGUUUUGCAAUUCUACGGCCUUUAUGUAAACUAUCGUCAUCUAGCUUUGCUUUGUGAUGUAAUGACUGCAAAAGGACACUUGAUGGCUAUAACACGUCACGGAAUCAACAGACAAGAUACUGGUGCUCUUAUGAGAUGUUCCUUUGAAGAAACAGUAGAUGUUUUGUUGGAUGCAGCUUCUCAUGCGGAAGUGGAUCCAAUGAGAGGAGUGUCUGAAAACAUCAUCAUGGGGCAACUUCCGCGCAUAGGAACAGGAUGUUUCGAUUUACUACUAGAUGCUGAGAAAUGUAAAGCUGGUAUUGAAAUACCAAUGGCAGUGGGUGCUGGUGUAAUGGGAACUGCGGGAAUGUUCUUUGGUAGUGUUGCUACACCAAGCAUGAGUCCUCAAAUGACACCUUGGAUAGGCGCAACACCUGGUUAUGGUGCUUCAAGUAUGUCGCCUGCAUUGGGUAGUGGUAUGACGCCAGGAGGAGCAUGCUUCUCUCCAUCAGGAGCAUCAGAUGCUUCAGGACUUUCUCCUGCGUACUCUGCAUAUUCACCACAACCUGGAAGUCCAGGAAGUCCAGGACCUAGCAUGAGUCCAUACCCAAUGUCACCAGCGGGUGGCGCUUCACCAAGUUAUUCACCUACGUCACCCACCUACUUACCAACAUCGCCAAGUAUAACACCAUCGAGUCCUAAUUAUUCGCCUACGAGUCCCACUUAUUCACCUACUAGUCCAAACUAUUCGCCGACAAGUCCAAGUUAUUCGCCAACGAGUCCAAGCUAUUCACCAACGUCACCAAGUUAUUCACCAACAAGUCCAAGCUAUUCACCAACAUCGCCAAGUUAUUCACCAACGUCACCAAGUUAUUCACCAACAAGUCCAAGCUACUCACCAACAUCGCCAAGUUAUUCGCCAACGAGUCCGAGCUAUUCACCAACAAGUCCGAGCUAUUCACCAACAAGUCCGAGCUAUUCACCAACGUCGCCAAGCUACUCACCGACAAGUCCAUCAUACUCGCCAACGUCGCCGAGUUAUUCACCAACAAGUCCAAGUUAUUCACCAACGAGUCCAAGUUACUCCCCGAGCUCACCAAAUUAUACACCAGCUUCACCGUCUUAUUCUCCAACGAGUCCAAGUUACUCGCCAAGUUCUCCACAAUAUUCACCAGCUAGUCCAAGUUACUCGCCGAGCAGUCCGAAAUAUUCUCCAACAAGCCCGUCAUAUUCGCCUACGUCGCCGUCGUUCGCUGGAACUUCGCCACAGUAUACGCCAGCAAGUCCGACGUACUCUCCAACGAGUCCGACUUAUUCACCGACCAGCCCAUCGUACUCGCCCAGUUCACCACAACAUACAGCGUCGGGAAGUACGAGAUAUUCACCCAGUAGUCCAAAUUAUUCCCCUACUAGUCCCACGUAUUCACCUACGAGUCCUCAAUAUUCACCGUCGAGUACCAAAUACUCGCCUACCAGUCCAACGUAUACACCAACCAGCCCAAGUUACUCACCAACGAGUCCAACAUAUUCUCCACCAGUACCCGGUUAUUCGCCGACGAGUCCUACGUAUUCUCCAGCGUCACCAGCCUACGAAACAGACGAUUAA